CCAAUCCUCCAACCAAAUCCCCUAAUGGCGUCCUCGCUGCUGCGCCUCCCCUCGCUGCUCGCGCCGGCGCCGGCCUUGCUCUGCCGCGGAGGACGCCGCCUCUACGCGGCGCCGUCGGCUGCGGUCGCGAGGCUCUCCGCUGCCGCGACGAGCACGGGCGCCUCCGCGGCGGCUCCCGCGCAGGCGGAGGGUGCCCGCGGCGGCGACAGGGAGGGGCAGGUGACGCCGCGGUCGGCGGACUUUAACGCGUGGUACACGGACGUGAUCGCCGCCGCCGAGCUCGCCGACUACGGGCCCGUGAGGGGCACCAUGGUCAUCCGCCCCUACGGCUACGCCAUCUGGGAGGCCAUCCAGGAUUACUUGAAUGUGAAGUUCAAGGAGACAGGGCACAGCAACAUGUACUUCCCUCAGUUCAUUCCAUACUCUUUUAUAGAGAAGGAGGCCAGUCAUGUUGAAGGGUUUAGUCCAGAGCUUGCGUUAGUUACUAUUGGAGGAGGAAAGGAACUGGAGGAAAAGCUUGUGGUAAGACCAACAAGUGAAACCAUUGUAAAUCACAUGUUCACUAAAUGGAUCCAGAGCUAUCGUGAUCUUCCUCUCAUGAUUAAUCAGUGGGCUAAUGUAACAAGAUGGGAAAUGAGGACCAAGCCAUUCAUCAGAACACUUGAAUUUUUAUGGCAAGAAGGCCAUACAGCUCAUGCCACCCUUGAAGAGGCAGAGGAGGAGGCGAUGCAAAUGAUUGAUGUAUAUACCAAAUUUUCUUACGAGGAAGCUGCAAUCCCAGUUAUUCCUGGCAGGAAAUCAAAAGUGGAGACAUUCGCUGGUGCUAACCGGACCUACACUAUAGAAGCUAUGAUGGGUGACAGGAAGGCCUUACAAGCUGGAACCAGCCACAACCUUGGCCAGAACUUCUCCCGUGCCUUUGAAACACAGUUUAUGGAUGAAAAUGGUCAACUUGAACACGUUUGGCAGACUUCUUGGGCUAUUAGCACUCGGUUUGUUGGCGGGAUUAUCAUGACCCAUGGCGAUGAUGCUGGUCUAAUGCUUCCACCAAGGAUUGCACCCAUUCAGGUGGUAAUAGUGCCUAUUUGGAAAAAGGGUGACGAAAAGGGUGUUGUUAUGGAAGCUGUAGCUUCAGUUCAAAACACGCUCAAAGAAGCAGGCAUAAGAGUUAAAGUGGAUGACUCGGAGCUGCGAACACCUGGAUGGAAGUUUAACCAUUAUGAGAUGAAAGGAGUUCCUAUAAGGAUUGAAAUUGGUCCGCGUGAUGUAAAAAAUAGGAGUGUUGUGAUUUCUAGGCGAGAUGUCCCUGGAAAACAAGGAAAGGAAUUUGGAGUAUCUAUGGAACCAUCAAUAAUGGUGGACCAUAUAAAAGGCCGUCUAGAGGAAAUCCAAGCCUCCCUUCUACAGAAGGCCAUCACAUUCCGUGAUAGUAAUAUAGUUGAUGUAAGCUCAUACGGAGAACUGAAGGAGGCCAUUGCUGAGGGAAAAUGGGCAAGAGGCCCAUGGUCAGCUAGCGAUGCGGAUGAGCUGAAGGUGAAAGAAGAGACCAGUGCUACCAUCAGGUGCUUCCCAUUCGAGCAGCCGGAGGGCACGAAAAAAUGCUUCAUGACCGGCAAUCCAGCCGAUGAAGUUGCUAUUUUUGCAAAGUCAUAUUAGGUCACCUGUUUUGCUUACCAGAGAUCAGAUUUUUUUUUUCAGUUUUUCUUGUGUCUUUUCCACAUCAAAGUUUCUGUGGUCUUUUCACGAUCAUGGACGAUCAAUUUGGAGUUGAUACUGCUGAUAUUUCCUGUGUAAAUUCGAAAUCGGCUAGAUUAUAUUUCUGUCAUGCUUGUAAUCUCAUCUUAGCAAAAAAUCACGCUAGCAGCAAUCUAUAACCAAAGUUCCUUACUAAGUUUUUUUACCACAAA